UCAAAAGUCGACAGAGCCGAGAUCAGCAUCCCAAACUGCAAUUCACAACCGUAAAUAAACAGAAAACAUUAAAACUGUUAAUUAACAAAUAUGUAAAAGUCUUCACUGCAUUGACGGAUGGUGAAAUGCAGUCUUUAACCCGUGAUACAUUGCGGUUUUGGCCUCAAAUAUAAAUAGACUUCCCCUGACAUCCAGCAAAGCAGAAGUGGGUGCAUGUCAGAUGUGUCAGAAAUGAGUGCGUGUUUUCAGGUGUUGAUCUCGACUUGCUUUCUGCUGGGUGUUUUCUCCAGCGAGUCUCUAUUCGACAUCACAGAUCGGGCGUUCAUCGAUGAAUGUGUGCGAGAACACACCCAGAACCGCAGCAGCGUUUCUCCCAGCGCAGCUAACAUGCGAUACAUGUCAUGGGACGCAGCGCUGGCGGUGACGGCGCGGGCCUGGGCCAGAUUUUGCAUCUUUAAACACAACAUUUACCUGCGGGAGGUACGGCGGGUUCAUCCCACAUUCCCCUCGGUGGGAGAAAACAUCUGGGCCGGAGCUCCGUACAGCAGAUUCACUGUCAAAUCUGCUGUGUUUUCAUGGGUCAAAGAGCUUAAAGAUUACAAUUACCACCAAAACAAAUGCAACGACAAGAAAGUCUGCGGACACUACACUCAGGUUGUUUGGGCAGAUUCCUAUAAGGUCGGCUGUGCGGUUCAGACCUGUCCAAACGGUGUGGCUGAAACACACUUCUCUGAUAUACCAGGAGUGAUAUUUGUGUGCAACUACGCAACUGCAGGAAAUUUCCGUGGCGUUUCUCCAUACAAACAGGGCGCUUCAUGCAGCGGCUGCAGCUCAGACAAGUGUGAACGCAAUCUUUGUCGAAACACCAGCCGAGAUGCAGAGCAGAGUUACAACUGGACUCCAGAUUGGGAUCCUGCUCUUUCCUCAUGCGGGACCUUCUGUGUGUCGGUCAUGAUUAUUAGACUCAUUUCAGUGGUGCUGCUGUUUGUGUGUGUUUACUGCCUGCAGUGCUGUUACAGCCUGUUUAUAUACGACUGAUAUCCACACUAUUAUAACAUGAGCUCAUGCACACUCAUAUUCAAUGCAACCAAACUAUAAUAAACCAUAAGGAAAUAAGCAAAGCAAGCAGUUUGUGCAGCAGACUGUCUCUGUUUCCACAAGCUAAUAAAUGAGAUUCAUUAAGCAUGUUGAAAUCAGACAGUUUAAUAUAAACAUACGGCUAAUAAACACAAUAUUUGACA